UGUUGCAGCUCCUCGCCCACGACUCUCCCAUUUCGUGCGGUGACACCGUGGGACAAGUGUCGCUUCAAAGCUGGUGGCUAGUUUACAGGUGGACUCGCGUUCUGUUGAAUUAAUGUACAUAGCUGACGGACAAAAAAAAGACAGUAUGCCAGCGGAGCCGGGCCUGUCCCAGGCAGAUGUUGUGAACUCUAACUGUGCCAUAUGUGGAGACAAGGCUACAGGGAAACACUAUGGAGCUUCCAGCUGUGAUGGAUGUAAAGGCUUCUUCAGACGCUCCAUACGCAAGAACCACAUCUACUCCUGCAGGUUUAACCGUCAGUGUGUGGUGGACAAGGACAAGAGGAACCAGUGUCGGUUCUGCAGACUCCACAAGUGUUUCAGAGCUGGCAUGAAGAAAGAAGCGGUUCAGAAUGAGAGAGAUCGUAUCAGCUCCAGAAGAAACAUUCAGGACAAUCAGGAUCUCCCACCUAUCACUGUUCUGGCCCAGGCAGAGUCACUGUCUCAACAGAUCAGCGCAUCCAGUCCCAGGGGUGCAGUAGAUGUGUCAGAACAGAAGUCAGCUGGUGUGGGGGAUGUCUGUGACUCCAUGAGACAACAGCUGCUAGUGCUGGUGGAAUGGGCCAAAUACAUCCCUGCCUUCGGCGAGCUGCCCUUGGAUGACCAGGUGAGUCUGCUCAGGGCUCAUGCAGGGGAACACCUUCUACUAGGGAUCGCCAAGAGGUCAAUGCCUUAUAAGGACUUCCUGCUUCUUGGUAAUGGGUGUGUGAUCCAUGGUAGCAGUGCGGAGCCGGACAUCGGUCGUGUAGCUAACCGUGUUCUAGAUGAGCUGGUCCUGCCCUUCCAGGAUAUCCAGAUAGAUGACCAUGAGUAUGCUGCUCUCAAGGCCAUUGUCUUCUUUGACCCUGAUGCCAAGUCUCUGCGUGACCCGUCUAAGAUCAAGGCGAUGCGUCUGCAGGUCCAGAUGAGUCUAGAGGACUAUAUUAACGACCGUCAGUAUGACUCCAGAGGGAGGUUUGGAGAGCUGCUGCUACUGCUGCCUACUCUACAGUCCAUCACCUGGCAGAUGAUAGAACAACUGCAGUUUGUUAAACUCUGUGGCCUGGCCAAGAUAGACAACCUACUGCAGGAGAUGCUGCUGGGAGGUCUGGCGGCAGAGCCCGCCCACCUGCACCACCCAGGCCACACCCAGUUAGCCCAGGACCCUCUGACUGGACACACACUGGUCAUCAGCACUAUGCCUGCUACACACACUACUCAGAUAGACACUCCUAUCCCGUCUCCGCCUCAGGUUGCAGAGAAGUCCUCUCCUAGCCCCUCCCUCCUCCUGGCUCCACCCCUCCCACACAGACAUACCGCCGAAUCCCCACUCUGAGUGUACAGCACCCGCCCCCACCACCGAAUAACCAAACAAACAAAACAUACUGUUUGUCCACCAUGAAUGCAGCCAAAAAUAUUGCAGAAAGCCUUUUCUAUGGUCCAAAUCCGAAUUUGAGAUCUACACCUGUAACUUGUAAAUGAAAAAACUUGAAUUUGGAUCUCAAGUUUGCAUUCUGCCCUAUGUUUGUAAAUGUGUAAAAUGUUCAAUGUUUCCUCCCCUAUUCAGUGCCAUAGGUUUUCACUCCAGUUCGGUAGUCUUGAAGUUGAAUAAUCUGUGUAAGUUGUAGCAUCUUUAUAAAUCAUUAGAUUAUUCCUAAACUCAGAGCCUCUCUUAUUGUGGUGUAAUUGUGAGUGUAUUUGAGCUUUCUGUAGGCUCAUCGUUGAAUAGGGAGCAAGAGAUUUGCUAAUCAGCAUGUACUUUAUGUACAGUAUGUGUAACUCAAAGUGCACUUAUUAGUAGUGGACUGUGUCUGGAACACAUAAUUGUCUGUUAAUAUUAAUGUUCACGUGUUGCCAUGUUGCUUGUGGUGUGGUGCUUUACAAAUACACAAACUGGAGUAUACUGUAUUUGUCAAAAAUAUAAUUAACCGUACAUUUAGUUCCUAAUCAACUUUUC